CCAGAAAUUGAGAAAAAAAAGUCCCCACCUUUAUUUAAACAAGAACUCUCUCUCUCUACAAGCUUUGGUCCUUUUAGAUUCCAUUUUCUCAGCUCAAAGCUCUCUCUUCGCAAAGAACCCCUGUUUGGGUUUCUGCCUUUGCUCAGUUUGCUGUUCUAACCAGGCGAAUCCUGCAUCUCUCGUUUUUGCAAGACUUGAAGUGAACAGUAAAAGGAGAGCCAAUACACCAAACGGAAGAAUGAUUAAGCUAUUUAAAGUGAAGGAAAAGCAGAGGGAGCUUGCUGAAAAUGCCAAUGGGAAGACACCGGUUAAAAAAAAAAGUGCAGGAGAAUUGCGGCUUCACAGAGAUAUUAGUGAGUUGAACCUACAAAAAACAUGUACCAUAGCAUUCCCCAAUGGCAAGGAUGAUUUAAUGAACUUUGAGGUUACUGUCCGGCCUGAUGAAGGAUACUAUUUAGGUGGUACAUUUAUGUUCACAUUUCAAGUUUCUCCCAUGUACCCUCAUGAGGCGCCAAAGGUUAAGUGCAAGACAAAGGUAUAUCAUCCUAAUAUUGACUUGGAAGGAAAUGUCUGCCUCAACAUUCUGAGAGAAGAUUGGAAACCUGUUUUGAAUAUCAACACUAUUAUAUACGGAAUCUUUCAUCUGUUUAUGCAACCCAAUUAUGAAGAUCCCCUUAAUCAAGAUGCAGCUGCUGUAUUAAGGGACAACCCCAAGAUGUUUGAGUCCAAUGUGAGAAGAGCUAUGUCUGGUGGGUAUGCGGGGCAAACCUUAUUCCCGCGGUGUAUGUAAAAGCUGCUUUUGUUUAUACACCGGAUCAUCCUUUAAGGUAUGUGGGAUUGUACAUUUGGUCGAAGCUUCUCUCUCCUGUUGUACUGGAACCUGAACUCUUCAAAUCAGGCAAGGCUCAAGUGCGCUUAUGAAACCGGGUGGUGUAAUUUUGUGAAAUGUUUAAGAUAUUGGCUGGAAACAUGAUAUAUUCUCAUAAGUUUGAUGUGAAUAAUUGGAGUAUUCUAGAAUGGAGGCUUCAAUUGUGAACUUAUUUUUAAAGUUGAAGUGGGAAAGAACAUGCUUUUUCCUACU